ACCCUCACACGCCCAGAAGUUUGCCAGGAAGGUUUGCUCUGUCCUUAGAAAAUUGCGAGACGUGCAAAAAUAACUCUUACUGAGAAAGUAACUUGAAGAAAUUUAUACCGAGUGUUUUACCAAGCACAAUUGUUACCUUCUUGAAAACUUGGCUUGUUUUGAAGGUUACUCUUUUCUCCUUUAUUUUGCUCUUUUGUAUUCUUACCUGGGCCUGUCAAUUUGAUCAAUUAUUUAUUUGGGAGCAGCCCUGUUCUUAUUUUGGCACGUUUUCAGAAUACAAGUGAUUUAUAACCAAAUCAGGGGACUUCGUCCAACAAUUUUUCAAAUAGCUUGAAGAUUGUUUUUAAAUUGCAAAUUUAAAAUGCCCAUCAGACGACUGGAUGAUGAAGAACUUGCCAGAAGAAUCGGUCCGGCUGCCGAGGAACCGAGUUAUGUGCGACACGACUCCUGCUCGGACGAUGAAAUCAUGGAGAGCUACAAGCCACGCAUCCCUCCCAAGUUCUGCAAACCACUGAAGAAUUUGCAGCUGGUGGAGGGCAGCAAAGCUGUGCUGGAGUGCACGGUCACACCCCAGAAUGACCCCACUAUGGUCAUAGAAUGGUUCAAGGACGGAGUGGAGAUACUCCAGGGUUCUCGGAUCAAACUGGCGCUGAAUGAGUUCGGGUUCUGCGUGCUGGAGUUCAUAGAUGUAUGGCCUCGAGAUGCCGGAGUGUACACUUGCAAGGCCACGAACAGCUGUGGUGUGGACUCCAUUGGGUGUUCUAUCAGUGUCAUGAGAACUACUGAACUUGACAAUGAAUCCCAGUUGCCGGAAGACAUGCAGGCGGGAUAUCAGGAGAUGUACUACUUCGAAACUCUCAAGGGCAUGAAAGACAUUGACGACAAUGACGAGGACCAGGAGCGUCCUAUAAUAGUGCAGGCGCCCGAUGUGGUGGACGUGGUGGAAGGACAGGGGGCCAAGUUCAUCUGCAGAGUCCACGGCAAUCCCACCCCCAAACUACACUGGUACAAGAACGACGAAAUACUCAUGGAGUCGCGUCGUGUGAAUGUUUGGUUUGACGGAAUCCAUCAUCUCGAGUUCCCCAGAACUCGCUUCUACGAUGGCGGAAACAUCACUGUCAUAGCACGCAAUGUGCAUGGGGAGGUACGCCACGACACCCAACUGAUUGUGCGGGAGAAGCCCAACGCCACAUCCAACCUUAGACACGUGCAGAGGUCCUUCACUGACACUGAGGUGAAGAAGAUGAAGAGUGGUCGAGCGAGUACUGAAGAGGAGACUCCUGAGCUGAAGGAGGCAUUCCGGAAAGCCAGAGUCCAGAGACCGGACGACCACCGACUCAACCACUUAGACGACAAACCAAUCGACUAUCCCUUUGAAAAACUGAAAGCAAUCUUAUCACUGAAAAACCGAGAGGAAGUACCCGAGUACGCUUCACGAAUGCGCGAAGUGCGAAAAUUGGAUCCGACAAACACUGGCCAACAGGUAUCGAUGAUGCCAGACUACGCCGAAAUAACCCCGAUCGACCCCAGCACCGGUAUGCCAAUUCAAGGACAAGGACAACCGGGUUUCGAUCCCCAGCAGGGUCAGUUCGACCAGUCGGGUAAUGUUGUACCGCAACAAGGGUUGUCUCACGAAGGAUCUCGCGGGAACCGGUCUUCAAGUGCUGGACCUCCGGUGCCUGACGGAACCAAGCCGCAGUUCCUGCAACCCUUCUCAGACUUAAGUUGCUUCGAGGGUGACUCAUCGUCGUUUCAGUGCCAGGUGACUGGCAGUGAACCCAUGAGUGCGCGAUGGUUCAAAGAAAACAUGGAAAUCCGACAGAACACCCCGGGAUUCCAGGUUACGGCCCAAAAUGGCAUCUUGACUCUGACUGUGAAAAAGGCAACGACCAGUUUCUCGGGCAGAUAUAUGUGUGCAUUGAAGAACAAGUUUGGAGAUGAGUCUUUGCACGCGAGGCUAACUGUUCAACGUAGAGGUGGCACCGCUCAGCCCGCAAAACCACCACAAGCGCCCAACUUUGCUUCUCAUCUGCCACCGCCCGGGGCCAAAAUGCCUCCUCAAAACCCCGCAGCAUUUGAAACUUCCGGCCAAGCUCCUGGUCAAAUACCCGGUCAAGCUCCUGGUCAAAUGCCCGGUCAGGCUCGUGGUCAAAUUCCCGGUCAGGCUCCUGGUCAAGUUCCCGGUCAGGCUCCUAGACAAAUGCCCGGACAAGCUCCUGGUCAAAUGCCCGGACAAGCUCUUGGUCAAAUGCCCGGUCGAAAUCCUGGUCAAAUGUCCGGACAAGCUCCUGGUCAAAUUCCCGGUCAAGUUCCUGGUCAAAGGCCCAGUCAACGCCCACAACAAUUUCCUGGUCAAGUUUCAAGCCAAGCUCCGGGUCCAAAUUACGACCCGACUUACUCACAACCUCAAGCAAAUGGAACUAUUAAUGAACCUGUCAACCAAAUGAACCAAAACUUUGCAAGCAUGCCAAUGCCUUCUCAAAAUAACCAACAAGGUGGACCAGGCAUGCCACAGAACGCAAACUAUAGCCAGCCACCACAACCGAAUUCAAAUACUAAGCAGCCCCAAUAUGGUCAACAACCUCAAUCACAGCAGCCGAAAAACCAAACGAGCUACGGGCCUAAUAGUCAAACCCAAAACAGAUCCUUACCAAGUAAUCAAACUAGGAUGCCGGGCAAUCAACAAGGUUAUCCUGGAAGCCAGCCAAAUAACCCUAGUAAUCAGCAAAACUACCAGAAUAACCCACAACAAGGAUAUCAAGGUCCGCAACCUGGUUACCCUGGAUACAUGCCUCCCCAAACUAACCAAAGUAACCCUGAUAAACAUCAAGUUCCGGAACCAGCUCCGGUUCAGUUUAAGAGCCAAGCCAGUCUGCCGUCACAACCCCUACAGCAAAAUCUACCCGCUGCCCCCAAUAAUCCCGGGAUGAACCCCCAAGGGAAUUAUCAACAUCCGGGUUACGCCUCCAAUGGUCCUCAGCAAUCUGGACCUUAUCAUACUCCGCCGAAUGCUGGUAUGCACCCCAGCGCACAGACAGCGGUCCCCGGUCAACCAGGGUUCCAGCAGGCAACACCCGGUCCUGUUGCGCCUAAUUCAUCGGCACCAGGAUAUCCAGGACAGCCACAGCAAGCAGGGAGCAAGAAUGGUUCGAAUGCUACAAUGACACCCUCCUUUGUGCGGGGUCUGAAAGAUAUGACUUUGAAAGUGGGGGAGUUCCUGAUUCUGGACGUGGAGGUGGCCGGGAACCCAUCGCCCAAAAUAUCCUUCUUUAUGAACUCGACGCAGCUGAAGCCCACGAACCGGGUGAAGAUAGAUGGGUCUGGCAACAAGAGGAAGGUGGUCAUCUCCGGGGCCAGAGUGAGUGACUCGGGACUGUACGAAUGUAGAAUCGGCAACAAUGCCGGCUCCGACAUCAGUCAGGCACGCAUCACUGUCCAACCACCUCCAGGGCAAAACAAGCCGUUCAACCCUCCAGGUCAAUUCAACGCCGCUCCUGUCAACACUGCUAUGGGCCAGCCUCAAAUGGGAGGACAGUCAGGAGGCUACGGGGACCAGAACCAGUAUGUUGAUAACCAACAGUACAACCAGACACCCAUGCAACAGCAAUACCCUCAGCAACAGCAAAUUAGUCAGCCUCAAAUGAUCCCGCAACAAGGGGGGUUCGGCCAGCAGCCCGGUUACCAAAACCAACAGCCAGUGCCGCAGAAUAAUUACGUGUCACAAGCGCCGACCCAAUAUGGGCAUCCAAGUCAAGCACAACCGCAGCAACAACAAAAACCUUUGCAGCAAGGGCUCAACCCCCCAUACGGCUCACCCCCGAAACAGCAACCCACGCCAAGUUAUGGACAAAAUGAACCAAUGGGACUACAACAGCAGGGCCAACCAAUGGGAAUGCAGAUUCAGAAUCAGCCAUUGAGUAUGCAGAAUCAAAAUCAACCAAUGGGAGCGCAGAAUCAAAACCAGCCAAUGGCAAUGCAGAAUCAAAAUCAGCCAAUGAGAAUGCAGAAUCAAAAUCAACCAAUGGGAAUGCAGAAUCAAAAUCAGCCAAUGGGAAUGCAGAAUCAACACCAACCAAUGGGAAUGCAAAAUCAAAAUCAGCCAAUGAGGAUGCAGCAGCCUAUGAAUCAGCCAAUGGGAAUGCAGUAUCAGAAUCAGCCAAUGAGAAUGCAGCAGCCUAUAAAUCAACCAAUGGGAACGCAGGCCCAAAAUCAACCAAUGGGAAUGCAACUUCAGAACCAACCAAUGGGAAUGCAACAUCAAAAUCAACCAAUGGGAAUGCAGUAUCAGAAUCAACCAAUGCAAAUGCAAAUGGGAAACAACCAGAACUACUACGGGAUGAAUCUCUGAACCUUUCUUGACAACAAAGAACGAUUCAAGUUUUUAACACUAAGAUAAUAAUUCAGCAGGGCGAAAAUAAACUUGAAUCAAAAAACUUCUAAAUAAAUAACAGUGCUUCUCAUAAUGUGACAAUGCUGCAAAUAACCUAUACUAUUUCAACGAUUAAUUUCAAAAUUUUAUUCUUAA